AUGCCUGCUGAAGAGGAUCCAGACAAAGUAUAUCCCGUACCAGAGAGACUAUUGUCUGGGACAAACAAGCCAUUUAUCGACUCGUUUGAACAAUACAAAUCACUGUGGCAAGAAAGCGUCGAUCACCCAUCAGAGUUCUUUGCAAAAACCGCCAGAGAAUACAUACACUGGGACACUGAUUUCCAAACGACAUGCGCUGGCGACUUUGAAAAUGGAAACGUAGCUUGGUUUUUGGAGGGAGAGUUGAAUGUUGCUUACAACUGCGUGGAUAGACAUGCCUUCAAGACGCCAGACAAGAUAGCCAUCAUCCACGAAGGCGACGAUCCAAGCAACGUUCGAAAAUACACCUAUAGAGAACUGAUGCAAGAAGUGUGCAAGAUGGCCAAUGUGCUGAGUAGUCUGGAUGUUCGUAAAGGCGAUAACGUGGCCAUUUACAUGCCAAUGAUCCCAGAAACCGUUUUCGCCAUGUUGGCUUGCGCUCGCUUAGGUGCUGUUCACUCAGUUGUCUUUGCUGGCUUCUCUGCUGAAUCGUUGCAUGAGAGAAUCCAAGAUUGUGGUGCCCGUGUAGUCAUCACCUCAGAUGAGGGUCGUCGUGGCGGAAAGUCUGUUGCUACCAAGCGUAUAGUGGAUGAAGCAUUACAGCUUCCCAAUCUUGUAGAUCGAGUUGUUGUCGUAAAACACACAGGCGCACAUGUCCCUAUGGUGCCUCAUCGCGAUCUCUGGUGGCACGAGGAAAUGGCCAAUGCUCGCCCAUACCACCCUGUCACUGUGGUGAACUCAGAAGACCCUCUAUUUCUACUCUACACAUCUGGAUCCACCGGUACUCCUAAAGGCGUAUUGCACACGACAGGAGGCUACCUAUUAGGAGCUGCAAUGACAGUAAAGACUAUUUUUGAUGUGCAUGAUGAUGAUGUGUACGCUUGCAUGGCUGAUUUGGGAUGGAUUACAGGGCACAGCUAUAUCCUCUAUGGCCCUCUGUGCUUGGGUGCAACUACGCUGCUGUUCGAGUCAACCCCAACGUAUCCUACUGCUUCUCGAUUCUGGGAAACGGUUGACAAGCACAAGAUCACGCAAUUCUACACCGCCCCUACUGCUAUUCGUGCACUGAGACGUUUGGGCGAUGAUUAUGUGGAUAGAUGCAAUCUCUCUUCAUUGCGAGUGAUUGGGUCUGUGGGUGAGCCUAUCAAUCCAGAAGCUUGGGAAUGGUAUUAUGAGAAGGUUGGGCACUCCCAAUGUGCUGUUGUGGACACCUAUUGGCAAACAGAGACUGGCUCCAUUGUAGUGAGUCCACUGCCCGGCGCUACGCCUACCAAGCCUGGCUCUGCUACAUUUCCCUUCUUUGGCAUCAGAACUGCCAUCUUGGAUCCUGCUACUGGAAAGGAAUUAGAAGGCAACGAUGUUACUGGUGUCUUGGCCAUCAAGCAACCCUGGCCUUCCAUGGCUCGAACCAUCUACAACAAUCAUCAUCGCUUCAUGGAAACCUAUCUGAAACCCUAUCCUGGCUAUUAUUUUACUGGCGAUGGCGCUACCCGCGACAAGGAUGGGUAUAUUUGGAUCCGUGGCAGAGUCGAUGAUGUAAUCAACGUGUCUGGCCAUCGUUUGUCCACAUCUGAAAUAGAGUCUGCUUUGAUUCUAGACUCUGCUGUAGCCGAGGCAGCUGUUAUUGGCGGCCAUGAUGAAUUAACAGGGCAGUGUAUUCAUGCUUUCUGUACCUUGAAGCCUGAUAUGGUUGGUGAUACUGAAGCUCUGGUCCAGGAGCUCAUCCUGCAAGUAAGAAAAUCCAUCGGACCCUUUGCUAAGCCAAAGCAGGUGUAUGUGGUGAAUGAUUUGCCCAAAACUCGUUCUGGCAAGAUCCUUCGACGUGUCCUGCGAAAGAUUGUCAAUAACGAGGCUGAUCAAUUGGGAGACACAUCUACCAUGGCAGAUCCCGGCAUCAUCCAGCAGUUGGUCGAUAAAGUCAAGCAACGCCAUGCUGCUCUCCACCACCACCAACACCACCAUCAUGCACAGUAA